AUGAGAACUUGUCUUGUGCUCGUGCUGGUGUCUCUCACCACGCGCCUUGGAGUGACGCAGUACCUCCUCCGCGUGCGCCCGUCUCCAAGUGACCACCUACCGGUACUGGGCUUGAAAGAGGACCAUGACCGAGACGGAGAACCCUCUGACGAAGAUCUAUUUCUCCCUAAUCUCAAAGGGAAACUAGGAGACCAAUUCGAUUCCACGAGGAUGUCUAUUGGUCCACCGACCCACGGAAAAUGUUCACCUGUCAAUCUCACUGGUGAUAUGCCGCGGGAAUUUCGAGAACUGAACCUGAGAGGAAAGCUGUACGGUCAACGUCUAAAAAUUAACAGAAGAACGCGCCAAAAGGUCCGCAGGUGGCUUUGGGCACAUACCUAUUGCCCUGUCAUGCCAGUGUGGAAGGACCUUGGAGUGCGCUUCUGGCCACGUUACAUUCGAGAGGGUCGUUGCGCGAGCAGACAUUCGUGUUCGGUGCCGAGAGGCAUGUACUGCAAGCCUCACCGGUCCGUUAACUUGACCCUUCUUCGCUGGCGAUGCUGGGGUUCUUCCAACUUCCGCAGUUGCUCGUGGAUCCACGUGCAGUACCCCAUUGUAUCUGAGUGUGAGUGUUCGUGCUGA